AGUAGUUUAUUUUUCUUAUUAGGUGAAAACUUGAGGAUUGUGAUGAUUGGUAAAACAGGAGUCGGAAAAAGUGCUUCUGCUAAUACCAUACUGGGCAGAAAUGCAUUUAAAUCUGCAGUGAGUGCACACUCUGUGACUACGAACUGUCAGCGGGAACACGCAAAUAUUGGGAGAAAUAUUGAAGUUGUUGAUACCCCCGGGAUCCUGGAUACAGCUAAAGACCCUGAAUUCAUAGGAAAAGAGUUAACCAAAUGCAUCCAUGUGACCUCUCCCGGCCCCCACGUCUUCCUGCUUGUCUUGCAGGUGGGAAGGUUUACAGAAGAAGAAGAAAACUCUGUGCAAGCCCUGCAGAAACUAUUUGGUCCUGAGAUAUCCCGAUACAUGAUUGUUUUAUUCACACGAGGAGACGAGCUUGGUGGAGUAACAAUACAGGAGUAUGUGAAAAAUGGUCAUCCAAAACUUCAAGAGGUAAUCAGGAGAUGUGGCGGCCGUUAUCAUGUGUUCAACAAUAAGAAAAUGCAUGAAAGACGUCAAGUGGUGCAACUGAUUAAGAUGAUCGACAACAUGGUGGCAAGCAACGGGGGCAAACACUAUAGUGAUGAGGUGUUUAAAGAGACAGAGACAGGGAAGCCUCUCAACGAUGUGGCUCUAAGGGAACUGUUAUUGAGAAUCGUUGGGUUUCAACGCAUGCUCGCUCAAACAUUCUCUCAGGCACCAAGCAAUCUCGGAUAAGGCAAGGCAGUCACAGAAAUAGUGCCCCUUCAUACAGAAAACUUUCAGCUUAAUGUCGCUGUGUGAGCGGUUUAUAAACAUAUAUCAUGACAACAAUACAGUACGAUGUAACCUGCUACCAA